AUGAAUCACAAUACACCAACGCUCCACUAUCAAGAUGGCUUUCCACCGGCGAAUCCGUCAGAUUCUCCUAUCGGAUCGGCAGGAGAAAUUAAUCCAGGCAGAAAAGGACCUAUAGGAUCAGCAGGCGAGAUGUACCCGAAUUACGGUGGAAUUGGAAGUGGCACUCAUGCGCAGGGAGGCGGAAUCGGAUCCGGCGCAGCACCUGCUCCUCCUCAAUACUAUGGCGGAGGAAUCGGUUCUGGAGCCACGCCAAGCUAUCAUUCUGGUGGAAUAAUAGGAUCUGCAGGUGCUCCGAACUACCCUCCACCAGGUGGAAUAGGCUCAGGGAUCGGAUCGGGAGCUGCUCCAAACUACCCUCCAACCAGGAGGAAUUGGCUCAGGGAUCGGAUCAGGAGCUGCUCCAAACUACCCUCCACCUGGAGGAAUAGGCUCAGGAUUGGGUCUGGAGCCUCACCAAGCUAUCAUGGUGGUGGAAUCGGGCAUGGUGCUGGUCCCAUGGGACCUUAUCCGCCGUAUCCAGAACCGGCUCCUCCAAUCGGUCACGGUGGCAUCGGAGGUGGUGUAGUUCCUCUCAGACCUUGCGAAGGAGAGCUCAAUCACGGCCCUGCGGCAGCGAUCGGUCACGGCGUAUCCCCAGCUGGACCCCACAUGCGAGGGAUUGGUGGAAUUCGAAUUGGUGUUGCUCCGUACAAACCCUACGAUGGAGAACAUGGUCAUGGCCACCACGGACACCGCGACUGCUGCUAG